GCAUAUGUACGCAAAAGGAAUGUCAAGUCAGUAUGUGCAUUACUUCUCUGCAACGAAGGACUUUAUGCACGAGGGUAAAUUGGAAGGAUAUAAGCACACCACAGAGCAACACAUCGUAGCAGCCAUGCAGGCAUGUCCACAAUCUCUCUUUAUUUUCGAUGAAAUGGACAAAAUGCCAAGUGGAAUUAUGAAUGUUAUGAAACCGUACCUUGAGUAUAACCAACCUGUUGAAGGGACAGACUACAGGCGCUCAGUGUUUAUAUUUUUAAGCAACAUUGGAAGAAAUCAAAUAGCAAAUGCCUUGCUUGAUCACAUGCAACAAUAUAAAGAGCGAUAUACGUUGAAAAUUCGUGAUUUGGAGGAAAUUGUGCGUCUCCCGAGCUGUGACCUUGAAAGCACCUUCAAGAAAAGCGUUUGUGUUAGGAGCAGUCCUAUUUCUGCCUUUAUCCCAUUUCUUCCACUUGAAAGAAGACACGUGGAACAAUGCAUCAUAAACGGUUUGUUUGAGAAGGGCUAUUACCAGUAUGGUUUCCAAAUUGAUAACGAUACUGUGAAACAAAUUGCUGACGAGAUGACCUACUUUCCCGAAAACACUCGGCUGUUUUCAACUACAGGAUGCAAAAGGGUCUAUGAAAAGAUUGAUCUCAUCAUGCAGCACGAUUAAUAGUGCAUUACAUUGAGUUGUCAGAAGAUUGGAUCGUCGCAUACUACAUUGGCAUGGCCAAACACUGCAAACUUCACUAGAAUCGGGAAUAAACAUUACUAGAUCAAAGUAUUUUAUAGCUUGAAGUAUAAUAUUAAACUACUAAAUGUAACAGAUAUAUGUUUCGUUAUAACGAACAAAUGCUUCAUAUUUACAAAAGGUCAGCGAGGUAAAUUCUUGAGUCUUAGAACAAUUCCUCGGAUGGAAAUCCGUAUUCUUUAAGUGUAUCUUACUAAGCAUGAAUGUGUUUUCUUGCAAUUUUCUCAUACGCAAAUAUGUUUCGGGAGGAUUUUAUAUGAUUUCUGUUUUGCAUAUAAUUACGUGUUUGUUAAUCAUGUGAAUUUUUAUAAAAAAAUACACUGAUUUUAACUCACAUUGUUUAAACAAACAGUAACACUCACAAAAGGGGUUGUGACUCAGUGCUUGGGAUAUUGACGUGUUAGGAUUUAGCCAGGACAACUUGCAGGCUUUUUGACAGCGCAUGUAUAUGCUUGUGUGUGUUUUUUUUUCCUUUGUUCAUGUUGUUUGAACUCCUGGUUUCAUCAAUAAUAUAAUCACUAUUAGACUGAAUGAGCACUAAGGAUUGGA